GUGACUCUAUUGGAUACGGACGGGAUUUGUGGUCGACGUUUAGACCGAUGACAGAAUCUGAGAAGUGGUUGCAGCUGUUGUCGAUUAGACGAUAAAGAAAUGAAAUACAAUAAAAAAAAUGGAGUGUAAUUGUGGUGAAAGAAGAAGAGAAGCUUUUCCGUUGUGAAGUGGAUGAAUUGUGGACAUACAUUUGUACGUAUGUAUGUAUGUACAUACAUAUGAAAAUGCAAAAGCAUAUCAUUUAAAUCUGUAAUGAAACGUAUUCGGUUAGCGGGAAAAGCAACAAUUACUUAGCCACGUUCGCCGCACUGCAACUAUGUUCGAGUGUUUGUGCAUACGUGCAUACUUGUUGAAUGGCUUAGUAGAGGUGUAGAGCAUCUGCAGCUGUAAAGAAAUAAAUUUACUGGCGUACCCAAGCAUUCCAAGUACCUUCGCGCGCUUAUUAAUAUCACGAAAAUCAUGAGAUUCAUUUUUUUACAAAUUUAAAAAAUUGUGAAAGUAAUGCAUUUUUUAAGAAAUGAACAGAAAUAUAAAAAAAAUUAAAAAAAACGAAAAAAUUUGAAAUUUACAAAAAAUACAUAAAAUGCUUAACGAAAAAAGUGACUGUGAAUUCCAAUGAAAAUCAAAACGAAAAUACAUACAAACAUAAGUAUAUGCGUGCUUGAUGUAUGCGUGCUGAAAGUACGCCAUCGGAAAUUUUAUGACUUCGUAAUGAAGUAUGCAUAAGGAAAACGUGGUGUUGUUGUGAGUCAAUGACAGUGAUUUUUGUGAAUUUUAUAAAUGCCAAUUUAUUAAGAAAUUUGUGAUAUUUAUGAUGAAAUGUAUUGAAAGCAAAAUUAUUCAUUUGGAUUAAAAACUAUCGAACUUAAUUGAAACAACUCUAAAAAUGGAUUACAAGAAUCUGCUACUGCUACUUUCACUGUCCUGUAUCUUAGUGCUCUCAGCUGCCCAGCAUGAAAAUAUACCCUACCAGGACGUGUCCGAUAUUUGUGGGACGUGUGUAUGUUUGACAGCGCAUGAUAACGAUAAACGCUACCACCAUCUGCUAAGCUGCACUACCAAGAAAUUUCAACACAUUUUAGCGCGCUGGCCAGAGGAGUUCGGCAAAUCUCAUGACAGUGUUGACAUCGUAGCCACAUUCUCGGGGAAUAGUAUCGAGUUGUUGCAGCAGUUGCCGGCUACAAAUGCCACACUCACUUUUUCGUGUCGCCAUUGUGGCAUCAAGUACCUGCAAGCGCCCACCUUUAUGGAUGUGCCGUACAUACGCAGACUGGAUUUGAGUUGGAAUGAAAUUACAAGCGAUGAACUGACGCCCGAUGUAUUUCGUGGCCCCUAUCGAGUGACCGAUUAUGAGCCCAUAGCAUUGUCGGAUUUGGAUUUGAGCCAUAAUAGACUGCAUGCGCUCGAUCGAAACCUUUUCGAACAUACGCCAAAUUUGACCAAAUUGAAUUUGAGUUACAAUGAGUUGAAGGUCUUGAAUACGCCCACUGUUUUGGCUUUGGCAUCAGCGACUGAAUUACAGGAGCUGGAUUUAUCUCACACUGCUAUUAAGACGCUAACAAUGUCCCUCUUUAAAACGUUGGUGAAUCUGCGUAUUUUGAAUUUGUCUGGCAAUGACUUGACUAGAGUGCCGGAUAAGCUGCAGCUGAUCGGUAGAAGCCUCAUAUCACUGAAUUUGGCAGAAAACCCCAUUGAACGCUUAACGGAAGAGAGCUUUGUUGGACUGAAGUCAUUGCAGCGCCUCAAUAUAAGUUAUAUGCCCGCGUUGAAGACGGUCGGCAAAAAUGCGUUCACAGGCUUGGAAACGCUCAGGCGGCUGUAUUGUGCACACAAUCCGAGAUUACAGGAAUUUGAUGUUGAAAGCUUGACGCAUAGCUGCAAUCUGACAAAUCUGGACAUUUCGCAUUGUGCUUUAACGUCGAUUUCUCUAAUUCGAAAUGUGGGCAACGACUCCUCUGCGGAUCUCACCGCUCUUGCCAAACCUUGGCCUCAUUUGCAUACAUUCAAAACCGUUGGUAAUCCUUGGUUUUGUGAUUGCGCUCUCAUUCAGACUAUGGAAUACAUUGGCGGACAACCGGAGAGCAGGCAGGACAUGCAGGCGCGUUGUGACGCACCUUACUUUCUCGCAGGUGUUCUGCUAUCCAAUUUGACUUCGCCGUAUAUAUGCAACUUGAAAAUACCCAAAAAGUACAAAGCCAUCGUUGAGGAGCCACCACGUUUUCUCAGAAAACGCUACAUCGUAUUGACCGUCAUCACUGCGGCUGUGGUCGUAUCGGUCGGUGUGCUACUCGGUUUCGUGAUUGCUGCUAUACGUCGACGACUGAAGCGCGAUGACUUCGGCGUUGAACCGAUACGCUACACGAGUGUGCGUAGUAGUAACUUAUCGGCAUUCUCGCACGGCAACACCAAUUCGAUUCUGGUGAAUGGCAAUGGUGCGGCCACUAACAGUGCAUAAUCAUUGGCAUAAAUUUAGUUUAAGUGUGUAAAUACUUGUAAUUUGUGUAUGUAUUUACUUUCCUACUACUUUUAUAUAGGCAUUUAAGUAUAUGUUUGCUAAAUAUUUUUUAGAAGUGGCUUUUUUGACAUUAUUUAUACACAAAUUGUACAUGAAAAUGUAUCUCAGUUCGAAGGAUGUAAUUUUUUGUUGUAUAUUUUUGAAAAUUCGCGCAUUAAUGCCUAUUGGGCGCCCACUUUCUGCUGCUCCUAAGGGGAGUGGGCAUAUGUUUUACCAAAGAUGUAAUAUUUAGUUAUGAUUGUACAGUAUUUAACAGACGAAACACGAAAUAUUUAAAGGAUUUUGAAAAUAAUUAUUUAUUAUUAUCAUUAUUUUAUAUACUUAUGACGCAUCGAUGCAGAAGAAAAGAAUUGCCAUUUUUUAUACAAUGUAGUGGUGUACAUAUGUGUAUGUAUAUCUGUGUACUUAAUUGUAAAAUAAUAGAGAUAAGAUAAUAACAUUUUUGAAGUUUAACAAUUUUUCAUUUAAAAAUAAAUUUAAUCAAA